AGCCCAAACCUAAUGGCGCUGGCAGCCUCUAGCCCUCUACACGCCGUCCCUCCUGCUCCUGCUCUCCACACGCCGCCGGAGAAACGCGACGGAACGCCCAGCACGGGCUGCACGGCAGGUCGGCACUCGGCAGCACAUCCCUCCCGGUGGUCCGGCCCUCCGCCGUCCCAGCACGACAGCACUUCCGGCGACCAGGUCCCAGGCUCCCAGCGUCCGGCGGUCCCAGCAGUCUAGCACGGCAGUCGACAGCACUUCGGGACCACGGCUCCACGCGUUCUGCUGUGCAGGUUCUAGCAUUCUGCUGUCCAUGGCUCCGCGCGUCCAGGAGGUGACCACCAGACCAAGCCUCCGCCGUCCAGACCAGGGGGCAGGGGCUGGAUUUACAUGGCUCAAGACUUAGGUUCUAGCUUGUUGAGGUAUACAAACAAGUCCGAAUUGGGGAUCCGUUGGAGAAAGGCACCUUACUGGGACCAGUGCACACUCCUGCUUCAAAAGAGAACUUUUUGAAAGGCAUUCAGACUAUCAAAUCUCAGGUGAAGGUUAAAAGUAGUGUUACAUUAUCGGUUCCUACAAUUAUUUGAACCUCCAUUACAAUCUCACUGGAUAUAAAUAGCUAUGAGAAUCAUGUUAUUCCAAGUUUACUGCCUUAUUGGUAUUCAAAGUUAAAUGUACCCCUCUGGUCACAAAAAAGUGUUUUGGACAGGGUUUGGUCAAACCGUAAAAACUACGAACAUCAGUAACUAAAUUAUUUAGGUGAAGCAUGUAAGUUAUCUGUCUUUGUUCGAAAUAAUUGCAAGCAUAAAUUUGAAGGAUAUUAAGAAAUUAAUGGUAAAAAGAUAUGCAUUGAAGUAAAAUGUGACAAGUAUUUUUACCUGGAGGAAAUUACACGUUCUGCACCAGUUGUGAAAGAAGAACCCUUUGGUCCUGUCCUUUAUGUUAUGAAAUUUCAGACCUUGAAGGAAGCAAUUGAAAUCAAUAACUCUGUUCCUCAAGGAUUGAGCAGUUCUAUGUUUACAAAGAGGCCAGAUAUUAUUUUUAAGUGGCUCGGGCCCCAUGGUAGUGAUUGUGGUAUAGUGAAUGUGAACAUACCUACUAAUGGUGCUGAAAUUGGUGGAGCAUUUGGUGGAGAAAAAGCAGCUGGUGGUGGACGAGAAGCAGGGAGUGAUUCCUGGAAGCAGUACAUGAGGAGGGCGACUUGGAGGGAGGUCCUAGAGGCAGUAAGUCACUUGUUUACUCCAUGAUGACAAUAGCAAGCAGAUCGCGGUGGUGCCUAUGGAUGCUACAAUAAGAAAGAUCAAAAGUUCUUUUGGAUGGAUGCAGCUAGAUAUUUUGUUUUGUAUUUUCUCCAAAAGAGAAAUUUGCAACGUUGUGAAUGAUAUUAUAAUUGUGAUGCUUUUGUGAAUAUAUAAUUGUGGUGCUUUUGUGUUUA